CUUUCGUUACUUUCCUCUCUUGCCUUCAAAUUAACACGCAUCCAUCACCACCAAUCCCUUCCUAUUCUCGCAGCUUUUCACUUCCUAAGCUCCAUCACUCUCUUUACCUCUCAGGGUUCCGAUGAUGAGCUCUGGUAGUAGUAAAAGAAGCAAACUCCUCCUUUCAUGCAUCGUCUUCUCUUCUCUGUUCCUCCUCCUGCUAACGUUCCCCAGUGCGCCAAAACCUGUGGCUUACCACCAUAAACUCCGGGUACAUUCUCACCUUCAUGCCGCCGCUGCCGCGGUCGACCACUGUGACGGCACGAUAUACCCGGAACUGUGCGUUUCCACCCUCUCCGUCUUCCCAGAUUUGCACUCCAAGUCCCUUCCCGCGGUCAUCUGUGCCACCAUCAACGCCACCGAGGCCGCCGUCCGCGGCUCCGCCAAGAACUGCACCGACUACCUCAACAGACGCGGUUACAACCUCGACGGCCGCCAGCGCCUCGCCAUCGGCGACUGCCUCGAUCUCUUCUCGCAGACUCUCGACGAGCUGCGCGCCGCCUCCGCCGGCCUCACAUCCGGCGCCAGCGCCCACGUCGACGAUGUCCAGACGGUCCUCUCCGCCGCCAUCACCAACCAGUACACGUGCCUCGACGGCUUCUCCUACGUCGGUAAAGGUGGCGGAUACCGCUCGGUUAUCAAGCGGCGGCUCUACCACGUCUCCCAUCUCGUCAGCAACUCCCUCGCCAUGGUGAAGAAGAUCCAACGGCGGCGGGCGUCACGGCCGCGGCGCGAACUACUGGACGGCUACGGGAAGGUGGCGGACGGGUUCCCAGAUUGGGUGUCGGUGAAAGACCGGAGGCUGCUGCAAGCGCCUUCGAACUCGACGACCCCGAACUUGAUAGUGGCGAAGGACGGGAGCGGCAACUUUACGACGAUAAGCGACGCGGUGGCGGCGGCGCCGAACAACACCAAAACGAGAUUCGUGAUAUAUAUAAAGGCGGGGGCGUAUUUUGAGAAUGUGGAGGUGACGAAGAACAAGAAGAACCUAAUGUUCAUGGGCGAUGGCAUCGGGAAGACGGUGGUGAAGGCGAGCAGGAAUGUGGUCGAUGGAUGGACCACCUUCAGAUCUGCUACCGUCGGUAAGCUAUAUCCUUCUUCCUCUUCAUCUUCCUCAAACAUAAUCACAAUGCUCUCUUGACUUCUGAAUGUUGUCUUUUACUUUUGAUAGUUCAAUUUGGCUCAAUGUUUAACUUAUGUGAAUAUUAGCAUUGUCAAUU